AUGUCGCAUGGAGGAUCAAAGGACCGGAGCCUGCAGGCUAUCGCUGUGGCUAUAGACGAGAUCAACCAGCUGCGUCAAGGCAAGUCCGUGUACGAGAAACGCGGGAACGUUUUCUUCCUCGCCGACCCUGAGAGAGUGAAGAAAUCGCUGCUAGCUCGGAGGGCCAACAUCACUACGAGCGAUCGAGGGGAUGACGUGCAAGCAAAUGUGCAUCGAGAUGAAACUCACACGCACAGCUCGUCGACGAGAGGAGAGGUUGAGCAGCAUCUCAAGGGCAGGCGAGUGACUCUACAAGGACUCAAGAGUGUGCAGUACAAUGGGAUGAAGGGGACCGUGCUGAAAUACGACGAGUCUCGGCAGAGAUUUGCAGUCAGAUUGGACGAGGAUGGGAAGAAAGCAUUCUUCAAGCUUGAAAACCUGACGGUCAUAGGAGGCGCUGCGUCGGAGGUGAGGGAGGAGUAG